AUGAUGAACGCUGUAUUGGAUCUCCAUCCGGAAGCCCAGCUUGAUGCAACUAUCGAUGCACAAAUUGUCACCGUCAUCGCUCUCUUGAAUACCUCCAUCAGAAAGUACAUGUGGACUGGUGGUUGGGACUUCUUGGACGAAUGGUACCCAUAUAUGAUGGCAAUUUCUGAUAAUAUAAGAGAGUGUCUUCAACAAAUCUACUGCUCAGAUAGUAACUUUGGAAGGAGAAUGACAUACGAAGAGUCGUUGGCAAUGUUAAGUGUUCUCCGGGAGAUGGAAAAUUGCAUUCUAGCAAAAAAUAAAAAAUUGGACAGUCAAAUCCUCAUGCGAGAGCAGAAUAAAAACCGUUCUUUCGAGCCACUCGAAUCGGAGUGCUACCGAAAAAUUGGAGAGAUUGUGACUCUAACUGUUAGCAAUAGAUUAAUAUAUUAUUCUCUUUAUUUUGAUGGUUCAGGAGCUGUCAAUUGUGAUGGACUGCUCCUCCAGUUUAAACAAAUCCGUGAUUUAAUGCCGACGAUUUCCGAUGAGCACGCAAAGCUUCUUCUUCAAGUCGAGAAGAUGCGUGCACUUCCAGGAGGGGAGAUUUUAGAACACAUUCCAAUGGUAAAUACCAACACCACUGAUAAUGGAAAUCGCAUGAUCACCGAGCUGACGACAAUGACCAAGUAUCUCGUCCAGCAUAGAUUCUCAAGAAACUGGAGAAAAGCGAUCAUAGACAAAAUUGCCGAGAUCCAGCCGAUUGUUGACGAGGGACGUAACACUAUGGAAACUCGCGAGGCCUUUCAAUGGCUCCAUCAAAAAUACUACCGUAUUCGGGAGGAAUAUGAGCAAGCCAAGAAUCGUGCCGAGAGAUCUCCAAAUCUUGAUCGUCAGAAAUAA